AGUCCAUAGCUCAUAUUAAGCCUAUCUCAAUAGAUUAAUUACUAAAUUUAAAUUAUAUUCACAAUGCAAUUCAAGUCUAUUGUCGUCGCUUUAACCGCCGCUUGUGCCGUUUCUGCUGCUAACGCUUCCGCUAACGCUACCGGUAACCACUCCAACGCUACCACCACUGGUAAGAACGGUGCUGCUCAAUUAGGUGCUGCUGGUGCCGUUGGUGCUAUUGCCGCUGGUGCCGUUGCUUUAUUAUUCUAAGUUUAUUAAAUUGACUAAGUGUUUUACAAACAUCUAAUAAUGGGAAAGCAGGGAGUAAUCAAUGAUUGAGCAAACCAAUCGUCUCCCUUUGAUGUUCAAAAUUGGUUUUUUUUCAAUUUAUUUUUCAUUUCAUCAAUUGGUCAUUUAUAUAAAUUUAGAGUUAUUUUAAUAUCUGUCUUUUUUUUAUUAAUUUAUUAUAAUAUAACAACAACACCUAA